CUAGCCAUUGUGUGACAGCCCGACCCCAGCCCAAAGCCGGGCUCAGACCACCUAGCAGUUCCGCCCCUGCCGCAGGCAUUACCGAUGGCGCCUCCCGGAGCCGGCCAAUCAGGGGUCCCGGAGGAGAACACCUCCCUACGCCAACCAAUGGGAGAGGCAGGCCACGCGAUGGCUCUAUCCCGGGAGCCAAUCCAAGCACGAGGGACGGAGUGCGCACAUCGGGAGAGGAGAGGGUGGGGCUGUAGCACCAGGUCAGGGAACGCGGGAGGCGCAGGGUUCCAGGGAUCCCGCGGGUCCUCGCGGCUUGGCCUGACCGGCUUCCUCCACAUACGCCCCUCUCCUACACAAGUCCGGCCCUCGGCGCUCCUGCCGAAGCAGCAGGCGCCUCGGACUCUGCGCGGCUCCCGCCGGCCACUCACCUAUGAUGGUCCGCGCCGCCGAGACGAUGACCACGGGAUCUGAGCCUGCAUUCAUCUUGCUUCUCCUGCCGCCGUCUGCCCUGCGCUGCCUGCAAGCUAGGCAAAGCUCGUCCUCGCAGCCCACAGGCCUGCGGCGGGCGGGACCUGAGCUCAGGACUGGAAUCCCACGGGCGAGAAUCUCGAGUGCGAGCCCGGCCCGCGGCGGGUCUCAGCACAGCUCUGAUGGGUCCUUUUGCUCUCGGCGGCUUCGGGAGGUCCUAUGCGUUUCGCCUGGCGCCAGUCAUUCGCUCGCGUGAGGGGCUUGCUAGGAGCGUCUCGGUGCGAGCCCCCUGCCUUCUAAGAUCAACUCUGGCUGUGAACGGGUGAGGACGCCGGGAGCGUCUUAGCGUCACAAAAGUUCCUUUGGUUGACGUUUGGACAGUGAAAGGAGCAUGUAACAAGUGGGAUCAGUUUUGUUUAAAACCCUUUCUGACUUCCCAGCCUCUUACUGGGCAAAGUUCAUAAUUUUUCUCAGCUUUCUACGGUUUCCAGGCAAGCUUAUGAGGGGCUACCAUUACAGCAACUUGUUGGGAACACCUGGAUAGUGGAACAAGAAAGCUUUGUCACAAAGUCAUGAAGGGGAAAACUGUUGACGGACCUGGAGAAUCUUCCUGAAGAACUUUAAAGUUGAUUGAAAGAAUCAUUAAAUCCUGGAAACCUACAUUAAGACUUUGCAGAGAUAUGCGGAUGGGUCAGAUAAAUCAGAGAAGAUAAAGAGUGUAGGCCCCAGAGGCGGGGCAAUAGAGAAGGAAAAAAAUUGCAUAACAGUGCAAUUUCAGGAGAAAUCUUUAGGGUCUGGAAUAGUGGUGAAAUCAGCCGUCUACUCUGCUAAGAACUCAGCAGCACACUUAAGUCUCUUCUUUUCAGUUGUCUUCAAUGUGUUUCCUGUCCCCUAACAUAUCUGAGUCCAAGGAAUUCAAGGAAUGCCUCCCGUGGCUUUUGCUCUAUUCUAUCCCAUUUUCUCCUUACUCCCUGGCCACUUCUGAGUCUUUGUGGGCUUACUCUCACAUCCCCUUAACAUAUUCCCCAAGGCUCCUACUUUGCACCAGCUCCCUGGGUAAUACCAGUCAUUCCUACGGCAUCAAUCACCACCUGUAUACUGACAAGUCUGAAAUCCUUACAUCUAACCUCGUCUUCUAAGCUGACUGACCCUCUUCAUUUAAAUUCUUACAAGCACAUCAGGUCGGGCACCUUGGCUCACACCUGUAAUCCCAGCACUUUGGGAGGCCGAGGAGGGCGGAUCAUUUGAGGUCAGCAGUUUGAGACCAGCCUGGCCAACAUGGUGAUAUCCCGUUUCUACCAUAAAAUAGAAAAAUUAGCCGGGCGUGGUGCCGUGCGCCUGUAAUCCCAGCUACUGGGGAGGCUGACAUGGGAAAAUCGCUUGAACCUAGGAGGCAGAGGUUUCAAUGAGCCGAGAUCACACCACUGCACUCCAGCCUGAGCGACAGAGAGAAACUGUCUCGAAUAAAUAAAAUUUCCUGUAAGCACAUCAAAUUUGACAUAUUGAAA